AUGGCAGGCAACUCAUCCCAUUCGGAUCCGACAUUCCUUGCCAAGCUUGCCCGUCGUCGGCAAAUGGACUACGAUGCUAUAAUUUUGUUUGCGGCGGCCAUUGCUGGCCUUUACCUUGCAAUUUGCAUCCUCUCUCUUCUGAGGCGGCUUUGUGUUGAGGUAGGUGCCUCGCGCAAACCAAGCGUCAUCACAGCGAUCCUGAGGCAUGUGAGAGCUUCUACUCUAGGGAAUAUUCCGGGACUGCCAUCAGGAGGGUAUACUUUUGUGAUUCUUGGUUACCUGAUCAUCAACAUUGUUGUCACUUUCACACACUUGGACAACCAAAACAUGCCGCUUCUUUCUAAUGUGGCCUCUCGAACUGGAUGGAUGGCCAUUGGCAAUUUACUCAUUGUCGUUCUCCUUUCUCUCAAGAACACCCCCGUCGUCAUCUUAUUGAACUCGUCCUAUGAGCGCCUUAACAUACUCCACCGUCUAGCUGGUUAUACCACCCUUAUCUUUUCCAUCGUUCACGCGUGCACUUAUGCUGCCGUAUUUGGGGCCCAAGACUUUCUAGAGCGCUUGCUUGUGAAGGAAGAAAUCUUUGGCAUGGUUGCUCUGGGCUCAUUCAUCAUACUUGCAUUUGCGGGCGCUGUCCUUCGAGCGUGGUGGUAUGAGCUGUUCUACUACCUCCAUGUGACUUUCUGGAUUAUCGCUGUCAUCAUGACUGGUCUUCAUCAGCCAGAGCCCAGCAAGAAAAUUCUGUACGUUAUUUGCAUUUCCGCCGGGAUUUGGGCACUCGAUCGCAUCGUUCGCCUCGCCCGCUUGAUCGCCAACGGCGUCAACAAUACUGCCACACUCACACCACUCCCUAAUGGCGGAACCCGUGUGACACUCGCAAAAACUCCCUUUGGAUCUACAUCCGGAAAACACGGCUUCCUUUGGAUCCCUGCAGUGCGCGCCGUCGAAACUCAUCCGUUUACCAUGGUUGCCAUCAAUCCCCUGGAGUUCGUCGUGGCAGCAUAUGAUGGGUUUACUCAAACACUGCACGACUGUGCACUCCAAAACCCUGGUAUCAAGUUGAAAGCAUCAGUCGAGGGCCCUUAUGGUACCCUGCCUGAUGUCAGAGGGUACGACAAAGUCAUACUCAUAGCAGGAGGCAGCGGCGCUAGCUUUACAGUUGGUGCAGUUCUCGACAUGAUCAAGAAACUGGACACGAGUACAGACAUUGCUAUCGAGUCUAUCUGGAUGAUAAGAAACCAAGCAUUCCUUUGUUGGUUCGCACAGCAUCUCGAGACCCUGCACCAGUAUCGCCGUGUCUCAAUAAAAGUCUACGUAACACGAGCUUCAACAGCCGAGACCGUCCCUCAAAGGCACCCUUCCACAUCUUCAAAUACAUCCUCUAGUAGUGGGUCCGUGGAUCUCGACCCAGAGAAAGAGGUGCUCGCUCAAAACAACUCCAAUACCAGACCAUCGCCCGACCUCGGGAGAGAUGGCGAUCCAUUACCUGCAGCACAUCCAUUCACAGGCAACACCGCUAUCUAUUCCGGAAGGCCGGAUAUCGCUUCUCUCGUCAAAGAAAGCGUAGAAAGCAUACCGUCUGACAAGCGGGUGCUAGUUAUGGGUUGUGGGCCAAAGACGCUUAUGUCGGCCGUCCAGGAUGCUACAGCUGAUGCUAUCAUGGAUAACGGGGCAGGCGUAGAGUUGCAUCUGGAGAAAUUUGGGUGGUGA